AUGUGGUGUGGGGCUGGGCCUCUGGCCGUGGUGGCUGCAGUGUUUUGGACUCAGUGCUUUCUUCUGCAUGGGGUGGAUGCCAAGAAGGAGAGAAAAAGGCCAAAGGAGGUCACACCACAACAGACAGAGACCUUCAACGCUACCAUGUCCAACAGCGAAGAGGUCGGUGGAAGCGUCAAGCCUCCGGCUAAAGGAGCGUUCCUCAGAGGGUUGGGGAUGGACCAGUCCACCGGGAGAUUCACGGCUCCCAUCACUGGGAUCUACCAGUUCUCUGCUAACGUCCACAUUGACCACAACGAGGUGAAGAGGAGCAAGAGUCAGCUGAAGGCCAGGGAUAAUGUUCGGGUGCUGAUCUGCAUUGAAUCACUCUGCCAUAGAUACACCUCCUUGGAGAUGAUUGUUGGCUUAGAAAGUAACAGCAAGAUAUUUACUGUCAGCGUUCAGGGGCUGCUGGAGCUUCAGGUCGGGCAGUACACCUCCAUAUUUGUGGACAACGCAGCCGGCGCUUCAAUCACAAUACAGAACGGUUCAGAUUUUAUGGGCAUGCUGCUUGGUGUAUAGCCCGGUAAAAUGAACAGUGGCUAAUCCAAGCCAUUCCACUGCUGCCAAUUUUAUUUUUGUCUUUUUAUAUUUGUAUUUCAACGGACUGCUUAAGAGCACCAUCACACAGUACCAAACCACAUGGGAGGUUUGAAGGAAGGAAGCGAGGCUGACAUGGACUUGACUGCUUGUCAGAUGGUGAGAGGACAGUGUGAAGAACUCAAGGACUGAGUUGGUUUUUCACAGUGCGACACUGCCACUCCCCUGAGGACUGUUACUUCACCAAUAAAGUAACUUGAAAAUAAGCCGUGAAUAUGUCUGUAACAGUGUGUGUUAUCGUGCUUGUUGAAGGCCUUUGCAGUAUCAAUGUUAUUAAUGUUCCCUGGAUAGAUGUAGGAAGAGCUGGGGAACACUAGAAAGUACACUUGUGUUUAAUGUAUAGUGGACAUGUUAAUGCUUUUUUCUACAUGACCUAUGUACACAUUCAUGUUCUUUUUAAUCAUGGAUUAAAUCUCACAUUUAUAGAUGUUAUCUGGUACAUAGACUGUGAGUACACUGGACAAUGGAAACAUGCUCAACAGAGAAAAUACGGCUCAAUGAGAUGUUGUCCCACAAAUGUAAUUAUUACAUAUUUUUAAUAUAACUAUACCUUCAUUUUUAGCCAUGCUAACACCGUGGCAAUGUCAGUCGUUCACACCAAAGUAUCUCACAGCUUGUGCAUGUAUCGCAAUGACAUUUUGUAAGCCUGACAUUCAUGAUCACAACAGGAUGAAUCCUACUGUCUUCACUAGAACUAUAGUAGGCCACACAUUUUGGUACCGACAUUCAUGUCCUGCUCAGGAAGAAUAAGGGUUAAGGCUUGCUAAAAGACGAAGAUGGUUAACAUUAUACAAGCAAAACAUUGAAAGCGAGUGUGACCAAAUAAGAGAUGCUAGCAUGUAGACGAUUAUGGCGUAUUCACAUUACAGUGGAAAAACAAAGGUGUUGCGUAAUGUGUCUUCCGAUAAUGAGAUCUGAGCCUACUGGAAAUACUCAACUGGCCCUUUAGACUUUGCAAUGGCGUCCGUGUGGUAGAUUGUAAUGAUGGCGAUUUAAUGAUGGCAGUAUGCAGUACAUUAAGAAUGGGUAUUCAGCAUGUGGUAUGCAGUACAUUAGUGUGUAUUCUGUGUUCUGACAAAGUCCAGAAGUCCAAGUCUCGCUUUACUAAACAAUGCUGGUGUUGUUAGCACUAGAUUGCUGUGUUUCAUAGACUCAAACAACGAUUUGUGUGAAUGCUUAUAUUUCACCAAGCCAAUAUCUGUUUUGUCUUAUCUCCAUGAGGUGAUAUCUAUUGUAAUUUGACACUUCUGAAAAGGUUGAAGUAGGUAAGCGGCAAUUGGCGUUCACCAAAUUUGAACUUUCUGCGCUUUCCUGCUCUGCGCACUAUGAACAUCCUCAAAAAGCUCACACAACAUACAGGAGCCUUUCAUGGCGGUGGCACAUGCAACAGUUUUUCCGCUAUAAUCUGAGUAUGGCUUUAGUUUUGUUUAAAUGUGUCCGACAAAUCAAGUGACAUUUACUGAGAGAGCUGUAAGAGAACAUUUAUUUUUACUUCAAGAUUAUUUUUACAGUAUUCUUUGCUAUCAUUUAUCAUCUGUUUUAUUUUUUGUAUUUUAUCCAAUUCUUGUCAUAUAGAUGUUUGUAAUUUAUAAUAACUAAUACACAGGUAUCAUUGAAAGCAGUGACAUUUGAUAUGGUAUUUAUAUUCUAAGGAAAUGUAUGAAUCACUUGUUGAUUGAAACUCUCGUGGACUCCUGAAAAACCAGAUUAUUGUAAAAAUAAAAUUAUAUCUUUUUGCUAUUUUUGUAUUACCCAUACUAUGCUGU